CUUGUCACGUGAUUUAAAAAACCCGGAAACACAACCUCCACCAGAUGACGAGAGAGCUGAACUGCUCGCCCAGGCUGCAGCAGUAGCGUUUGUUUACAUUCAUGGACAAAGAAAAGAGGAGCGACACUUGCUCCUGGAUGGAGAUGCAUCAGUUCAUUGGUGACCUUAUCACAUCUGGAAGCAGCACGAAGAAUCAGCCUAAUGGGCUGAACGCAGCAUGGGGCGUGGUCGGUGACGGUGCUGAUGGUGGUGGUGGUGGUGGUGGUAGUGGUGAGUCUGUAGGGUUCAGAGGUGCUUCACUUGGACCUCCACUGCAACCUCAACCUCCCCAGGAGAAGCCAGAGGCAGAGCCUGGGAAACAGAUCCAGAUCGGUGCUACACAGAGGAAAGAAGAGACCAGGCCAGCUCGAAAAGAUGUGUAUUUUGCCUGCACCUGCCCUGGCUGCCCUUACUCAACUUCUUCACACUUAUUUGAGACUUUAAAACACAGACAACCUUUGACCUCCAGCAGCAACACUCCAAUGAGCCUCAGCUUAGCAGACACUGAACCAAGCAGCACCACUACAUCUGAACUAGAGACAGGACCAUCCUGCCGCCCACACAGGGAGGAGGCGAAUAGAGGGACUCAGAGCUCAGCAGUACCCUCAGACAUACCUCUUUCCAGAACUGAUGCCGGCUCCUUGUCCCACCUCUCCUUAUUUCCCUGCUUGUGUUGCCAUCGCAGCCUCCAAACUUGCGCCCAUGCAUUGAGCCACCAUGACAGUUUAGAUUCACCAUUUUCUCACACCCCCGCCCACGCUCACGCUCACGCUCAUCAUCAUUUUCACCACCACCACUGUCCGUUAACCUCUUGUUUACCCUGCCCUCAGUUCUCAAGCCCCUUCCCUUGCUUGUCUUGCCAGCACUCCUUCCCCACCUGUGCUCAGGUGUGCCACCACCAGCACAGACAAACAAACACAAAGCAACAAGAGGAAGGGAGCCGGGCAGCAUCGACCAUGUUGUCACUGCAUCCCUGCAUGCACUGCUCGGCUUCCUUUUCCAGACCUUCACAGUUGCUGCAGCACCAGCGCUGUGAGCACGCCCAAAAACCAUCCGGCUUCCUCUGCACAGAGUGCGGCAGGACCUUCAACUCGCACAGCAACCUCCGCAUCCACCUCAAUGUGCACACUGGAGCCCGGCCCUACUCCUGCGCUGACUGUGGAAAGAGUUUCAGCCAGUCUGGGGCUCUGAAGAUCCACAGACGAAUUCACACAGGUGAGAGGCCAUAUUUAUGUGGAUUUUGUGGUAGGGGGUUCCCCCAUCUUGCAGGGGUCCGGGCCCAUCAGAGGACCCACACAGGAGAGAAACCCUACCGCUGUAGCCACUGUGGGAAAUGCUUCACUCAGUCUGGAGCUCUUAAGAUCCACACUCGGAUUCACACAGGAGAAAAGCCUUUUGUCUGCGACCUCUGUGGGAAGAGCUUCUCAAACCGUUCUGGGAUUCGCUUCCACUACCGCACAGUCCACGGACUCGCCCCUGAACAUACUGGAGAACCUGAACCAGGGAGUGUGUAUCAGGGACCAGCAGGUAGAGGUUAUCCUCUGGGGCGUCCAAAGACUUUUCCUCGUGCCAGCAUUGGGCUUCAUACCCAUAAAAGUCUGGAUAGCAGCUCACAUACAACUCAAAGUUCCACAGCCUCUCCUGCUUGUCGUGGCUCGGCUUCUCUUGUGCGGAAUGAGAGUAAAUCUCCGUCAGAAGGAUCAGACCCAGACAGUGACAAUGAGGUGCUGGUGUACACAUGUGAAGACUGUGGACUGCGUUUUAACGAUGCCCCGUCCAGGAACAGACACCAGACUGUGAUGCACUACUCCUCUGUAAGGGGAGAGGAGGAGGGCCAAAGGAAAGAUUUCAGCACAAAUGAGACAGUCUGUGAUAACAUUGUAGGGGGAGAUCAUGACUUUGGUAUAAUACAACAAGGUGGAAAUAAGAAUAGACAACAGAAAUGAAAAGACUUGUGUUAGAAACAUAUUCUGGAGUUAACUCCUUGAUAUCACACUUCUUUAAAGCUAUUCCGAAUUGAUUUCAAUUACAAAUUGCCACUUUGUACAAAUAUAUCACUGCCAGUUUCCAUCACAGAACAACCUUUAACACCUGUCUGCUGCAGUCACACACCAGUCCAAAUCUUGAUUCAUUUUCUUAACAAAGUUGAUUUAUUGGGCAUUAUUCAGCUGUGGAAGUAAUGGAGUGUUUCAGUGACAUUUUUAGAUGCAACAAAAGGCCUGGUUUUAGGGGGAAAAAGUACAAUCUUACGUCUUUCAUAUAUUCUUCUUCUUCUUUGUCUCAAAAUCAACUUGAAAAGCAACAUCUUUCCAGAUUUCUAAAUCAAGUUUUUAGUAAUUGUAUGUGGUUAACACCAACAUGUCUCCAACAAAAAUGACUGGACAUUCAAUGGAAUAAUAGAAAGUCACAGAAGCCUAAAAAAUUAAAUAGACCACAUGAUGGAAUCGGUGGGUGUGUCUUAGUCAAGGUCACUGUGGUCCAUGCUAAUCCAUGUAAUGUUCAGUCCUCCAUCUGGAUCACAGCUCCACCUUGCCUGUCGUGCCUUUGUUUUAAUUUAACGCAAUGUUUAUUCUGUUAGAAAUGGAUGAAAAUGAUCUGAAGUGUUAGAACCAGCCGACAAAUAAAUACACUUUUAAAAUGUUAACAGCUCUAGAGUGCCACCUAGUGGUUCUGCACAAUCACAGCAACAAUUCUAACCACUUUGUUACUCUGUACCAUUUAUAGUGCUUUAUAAAUGUUUCUUUUAAACAUGCCGAAAUGAUACAUUAUGAAUAAAAAGUUUUGUGAGGACAAUUAACAUAUUCAAUAGACUUGUUUUUGCAUUAAUACAUUGCUGUAAGUGUUUUUUAAAAGUGCAACUUGUGAUAAAACAUCUCACUAUUAAACAGUUCCUCUGA